AUGGCGGCGAAGGGGCCGCCUGACAACGAAGACCCGGGCCAACUCGACCCGCCCAUCGACCAAAUCGGCAGUGACCUGGACGCGGAGGGAGAAGAGGAAACAGAUAUCUAUCAAAUGGACCAGCAACUUCAAGAUGCUGUACACCGAUCAUAUUCUGGGGAAGAUAAAGAAGAUGGGGAAGAUGAUGACUAUCCGGACGCUGAGGCUCGCGACGAAUACAACGGUGGCGAGGUGCGCAGUAACAGCGCAGAAAACGAGGAGACCGCGCCCGUUGGGGCUGUCAAGCUCCCUGAGAGCGAGAACUCAUCAUCAGAGGAUGAGGAUGCCGACGGGGACCCAGCAUUUGAGGAGAAUGAGCGCCAAGCGUCGGAACACAGCGAAUCCGAAUCAGAGGCCGAAGAAGAAUGGGAGGCUGAAAGCAAUGGGCCUGAAGAUGAUGAUGCGGAGGCAGAUAUCCGCAGCCGCACAAACUGCAUAUAUUGCGGUCAGGAUGAGGAGCAUGAUCCUGGUGAAGAUUUCGAGUUGUGGCUCACUUGCACCCUCAUCGACAAUGUGGCCGUGAACAGGAUGCAUUUCAUGACAGUGAAGGUUCGUUCAGAUUUCAAGAUUGCAACUUGCGGAAGGGCCCCCACGCUAACGUCCGAGCUUGUAGAUCCAUGGAAGUGUCCCACUUGCGUCCAGAACAAGUUGGAGCCGGAUCCCGUGGAAAUUACGAAGACUGAGCAAAAACCAGGGGUACCUCAUUUACCCAAAGAACUUCUUCCUGCCCAUGCCGGAAAGCACGGAGCAGACUUUCAUUCUAUUUUUGAUACCAACCUUAGUGAAGAUCUCUUGAACAGCUCGCGGUCGCUAAGGAAGCGAAAAGCGUCAUCAAUCGACGUAGAGGAGCACACGCCCGUCCUCCGAAAGCGAUCGCGGCGAACAGACAAUUCUGAACCCAAUGGAAAAGAGUCAUCCGCGGUCAUUGCAGAUCUCCCAGCUGAGGACGAGGUUUCUCAUUCUCGUCCAACUCGAAGUCGACGACCUCGCGGUGCUGAUCGCGAACAUGCCCGUAUCGUUACGAGACAACCCCACAAGCUUAUCGUCAGUUUCCGACUCGACGAAGGCAGGCCGACCACAGCGAAAGAAAAGAAAGCACCUAAACCUCCCGCUGUUCAACCUGAACCACAAGCACAUUUUGCUCCUAUUCCUCCUGCGCCUUACAACAGCUUCACUCCCUUCCAUGAUCGCGAAGGUGAUGAUUCUAAAUCGAAACCUUACGGGGGCAUUCUGAGUGAAGCAGAUGCCGAUACCUCGAGAACACUGCCAUUGCAAGCCGACCGUGAUAGAUUCGAGGCUGCUCGCUUAAGGGCUGAAGAGGAAUGGCAGCGUCGAGUCAGGGAAGCUGAGGCUAAUGGAGAAGGGAGCACGGCCGUGUCGCAGAAAGUGUCCGGUCCACCUUCGAAGAUCAAAUACAUCAACUUUGGUGGCUAUGAAAUCGAGACCUGGUAUGCGGCUCCCUAUCCGGAAGAAUACAGUCGCAACCGAGUUUUGUACAUUUGUGAAUUCUGCCUCAAAUACAUGAAUUCCGAUUACGUGGCAUGGCGGCAUAAGCUGAAGUGCCCUGCAAAACAUCCUCCUGGUGAUGAGAUCUAUCGCGACGGCUCAAUCUCAAUCUUCGAAGUGGACGGGCGCAAGAAUCCCGUCUACUGCCAAAACCUCUGCCUCCUCGCUAAGCUUUUCCUGGGAUCCAAGACCCUCUAUUACGAUGUCGAGCCGUUCUUGUUCUAUGUUAUGACCGAGUAUGACGACCUGGGGUGCCAUUUCGUGGGCUACUUCAGCAAAGAGAAGCGACCGAGCUCCGCGAACAAUGUCUCAUGUAUUCUCACCCUUCCGAUCCACCAAAGAAAAGGCUACGGCAACCUCCUCAUUGAUUUCUCCUACCUCCUUACCCGCAUCGAGGGUAAAAAUGGAUCUCCGGAAAAGCCUCUUUCCGAUAUGGGUCUCGUCUCCUAUCGCAAUUACUGGCGCCUCAUACUAUCAUAUCAACUCCGGGACUUGAAAACACCUCUCAGCAUUGCAGACCUCUCCGAUCGGACAGGGAUGACUGCCGAUGAUAUUGUAUCCGCACUGGAAGGCCUCCGUGCGCUGGUGCGAGACCCAGUAACCAAAACCUACGCGUUCCGUCUCGAUACCAAAUAUUUCGAAGAAGUCAUCGCUAAAUGGGAGAACAAGGGCUACGUCACCCUCAAUCCUGACGCGCUCCUUUGGACGCCAUACAUAAUGGGUCGCAGCAACCAGUCACAAUUCGACCGCGCUCCUUUGCACGCUGUCGCCCCUCGAGAUGACGAUGAAGAGGAUGAGGAGGAGGCGAAGGCGGACGAUGAAGCGGACGGUGUUCCCACUCUGAACGGGGGCCAUGCCGACGGCCUUGGUGAGCCUGCUGGCCCUCCAUCAACAAACGGGCUUCAACCUAACGGCGUCCAUGCGUCUGAGGGCUCUGGUCGCACCCCUUCUCCUCCCCUGCUGCCGCUUUGGCCUCCUGUUCACAUCCCUGUGAGUCAUAAACGCAAGACUGCUCGCCCAGCAGCUGGCAAGGCGGGCCAGACACCGACAACUGUUCGUACGAGUGGGCGGAACACUCCCCGCAGGCCAUCCGGUCUACCAGCAGGUACCCCUUUGGCUAGUACGCCGAGCGUUCGUCGCGGUCGGAGCGCCAAAUCGGCUGGUUCCCCAAUGGCAGAUGGAAGCCCCGCUAAAGCAAAUGGUGUCGAGGAUCUCGAACAAGAGGAAGCGUUAGUAGAUGACGAGGAAGCGGUUGCCGACCAAACUCUAGAAGAGAUGGCACUCGUGGCCGGCGGACCGUCCGAGGCCGCAGACUCACCAAAAAAGACCAAUGGCGAAGAUGACCCGCAAGAACAUGCUGAAACAAACGGCAUCAUCCACGACGACGCCUUCAUUGACAAAGAACCCUCCACACCUCGGAAGAAAUCCAAAUCAAGUUCUCGAUCUCCGGGUGAUGCCUCCUCCCAUCGGUCCAAGGGGAAACAAUCCGACACCCAGCCGAAAACUCCCCAGUCUGUCAGCCGCAAAGCUCUGGUCGAAAAAAUCCAAGUGGUGAUCCCUGCUGAUCCUGCCUCAGAAUCACGACACAGCUCCAAGAAAAGGGUCGCCGACACAAAUGGCCACGACGAAGACGCCGAUGCUGAAGGCGAGGAUGACCCGGAUGUGGACGCUGAGUACGAAGUGGAUGGGGAUGUAGUAAUGGAGACCUAA